AUGGCCAUUAACGAAGUCGACAAGUAUCUGUGGCUGGCAUACUGCAAGGCUGUGCAGAAUGCUGUCGGUGGUCUACCUGGACACAAGCCUGCUUUGUUUUUCACAAAGCACGCGCAAAAGGCACCAGUCGCGUCACAAGAUAUUGACGCUGCCUAUACGAACUAUGGAAUCAACAACAUCAUCAACAAUUUCUUACAGACAAAUGAUCUCUUCUAUGAUCCGGCUCAUCACAAAACUUACACCCAAUGUUUGCUAGAAUAUCUGUUGACAGUCAAGAUUGGCGAGGGUGAUCAAGUCCGUGUAACAAUGAUGGGUCGAACCUUGGCGAGUGCACUUGAGCAGGCCUUGCGCGAGAGAGAUCGUGCCCUGGAGACUUUUGAAAAAGAAGAAGGUUACGGCCUCACGGGCGAACAAGACUUUUCUCAGUGGUGGCCAUCGCAUGCUCCUGCAUACUCGGCAGCCAAGCAAAAAGUCGAGGCCGCAGCCAAAGACUACCAAGCCACCCUCCUCAACAUAGGCGGACCAACUGCUAGUUCACUAGCUAGGGAUUUCAACCGAAUCGUCAAGGCCCUGAUCGGCGGGCAGUCAGUCGAAGGUAUCACGAUGCCUGCUUGUCACGCCUCAGCUGAAAUCACCCGUGAGCUCCUCGAGAGAGACAGGACACCGCACGCUAUCACAUAUGUCCCUGAAUGGAUGACUCUUCAGUACACUGCACAAGUUGAACACUGGAUGAACGGCGUUGGCGACGGUGACUCUUCUACUCAGAUCAACUUUGCUGAUGGUAGAGAGGUUAACGAAUCCGACUUUGGUCAUGCGUCCACAGACGGAUUCUCAUAUGGUCCGUGGCUGUCUUUCUCUACCGGCAAAGGAAGUGCCAACGAGAAGGGUGUGUCUUUUGGUUCUAUGGACACUGAUACUAACCUCGACGUCCAAUUCUCGUAUGAUGAAAUUCAAACCAUCUGUGUUCCGGCCGGUGAUUGGAACGUUCCCAGCCCGGGACGACGCUACCAGUUAUCAGACACCGCCUCUGCAGAGUCCCGCAACCUCGCCUUCCCAGACUAUCUCGUUGUUGUGAGGAACCUUGGCUUCAAGGUCUACAUCCGAGAUUGGAAGGUUGCGGGUCAGAUCGACAGCUUGUUUGAGGAAGCCAAGUCUUCUGGUGGCUCUGUCAGAGUUUUCGGCAUCCCUGCUACGCCGGAUGGCAGCCCGGAUAAGGCCACUGAGGAGAAUGCCCAUGUUGCUGAGUGGGAUCUCGGCGCUGGCAUGCUUUCAAUCAGACCGACUACCGAUGCCGGAUUUGCUUCUGUUGUGGCUCUUGUUGGUGAGCUGAACAUCAGUUGA